AGCAGCUAAUGUUAGACAUUCUACUGUACUUCCUGAUUGCCAGCACUAUUCAAUCUCAGGCUCUGAACACAGUUUGGUGGAUCAGUCAUUACAGACCCCAGCAGUUACAUGCCUGCUUGCAGCUGACGUCGCACUGAUGCUCCACAAAGUCUGUUUCCAAUGGUACCUGAUCUUCCUCUGUCUGGGAUGCUGGGUGAGCUCAGAAGAAACCUGUCAAAAUUUUACAGAUCUCAAUAUCCAUAAUGCAAUUCUUGGAACUGACCUGAAAGUAAAGCUGUUACUCUAUACAAGAGAAAAUGUGAACUGCGCUGGGAAUCUGAAUGCAGAAAAUUCAACGGCUUUUAAAUACCUAAAUGUCACAAAGAAAACAAUUUUUAUAACCCAUGGAUACAGGCCAACAGGUUCUCCACCAAUAUGGAUCCAUGACAUUAUAGUGAAACUGCUCUCCAUUCAAGACUUUAAUGUAAUAUGUGUUGACUGGAAUCGAGGUGCGACUACAUUGAUAUAUCACCAUGCAGCUGCUAAAACCAGGGAUGUGGCUAAUAUUCUGAAAACAUUAAUUGACAAAAUGCUGAGUGAAGGAGCAACACUUGAUUCUAUUUAUAUGGUGGGAGUAAGCCUUGGUGCUCACAUAUCUGGAUUUGUUGGGAAAAUGUACAAUGGCUCAAUUGGACGAAUUACAGGUCUCGACCCGGCUGGACCUUUAUUCACUGGAAUGCUUCCAGAUGAGAGAUUACACUACAGUGAUGCACAGUUUGUUGAUGUCAUUCAUACAGAUAUUGAUGCUCUGGGCUACAGGGAAAGUUUAGGGCAUAUCGACUUCUACCCAAAUGGAGGAACUGACCAGCCUGGUUGCCCAAAAACAAUAUUAGGUGGAUCAGAAUAUUUCAAGUGUGAUCACCAGCGUUCUGUGUUUUUGUACAUGUCCUCCUUGAAUGACAGUUAUUCCAUCGAUACAUUUCCAUGUGCUAAUUACCGAGAUUACAGAAUGGGAAAAUGUACUAACUGUGAGGAUUUUUCACCACGUGGCUGUCCUGUUUUAGGUUUUUAUGCUGAUAAGUGGAAAGAUUAUCUUGUGGCAAAGAAUCCUCCCAUGACCAAAGCUUUUUUUGACACUGCAGCGAAGAACCCAUAUUGCAUAUUUCAUUAUCACUUGGACUUUGUUACGUUGAACAGUAAAACUAGGAGGGGGUAUAUUACCAUUAAACUUGUGUCAACCGAUGGAAACCGAACCGAGUACACCGUGGAUCAAAGGGAUCCUGCAACAUUUGAACAAUAUCAAGAAGUUAGCCUUCUUGCUAAAUUUGACAAGGAUUUUGCUGUGAUUUCAAAAGUUUUUGUGACUUUUACAACUGGUUCAAUCAUAGGACCAGCGUGCAAGCUUGAAGUUCAGCGAAUGAGACUAAGACCAAUUACACAUCUUAACAGACCAAUAUUGUGCCGAUAUGACUUUGUUUUACUUGAGAACAUCGAAGAAGAACUGAAGCCAAUACCCUGCCAACACACCAACCUGGUGGUGGAUGAAAAUCUAAUGGAUUGAAAUUUACUGCUAUAGAUCGAUCAGGGAAGUUUACCAGUGUCUGCUUCCAUUUUCACUGUGACAGGAUGUAGUAAUGCAGAAAGGAGUUGUUGAAUUCUUCUGCAAUGAAAACUUCAUUCUAACUCUCUUGCACUUGUCUGAAAAAACCUAGACCUUUUUGUCUCCCCACAAGAUGAAUCCACCUAAUAAAUUAAAGGUGUUGUUUAACCCCUUAAGGAUCAAACUUCUGGAAUACAAUGGAAUCAUGACAUGUCACACAUGUCAUGUGUCCGUAAGAACUUGGUAGCAAAAUUACUUCCGUUUAAGUUUUGGUAUAUAUUCUCAAUCAGGGGUCAAGUCCUGGGGAAAAAAGUGUGGGAACUCCCCCUCCCCCCCCACCCC